AUGAAACGCCAGCUCAUUCCCGAGGCGUUCGUCAACCAAAAAGAAACCAUCGACAAAACCUUGAUCGAGGCCCAUAACCAGCCUUCUUCCUACUACACCAGACGCAACCGAAGACAGGGUAACAACAACAACAACAAUGUCAACGGCGGCGUCUACGGCAUGAACCAAAAUGUCAACAAUAUGAACAACAUGAGCAACAUGGGCGUCAGAAUGUGGAACCAAAUGCCCCAGGGCAACGCUGCCUCGGUGCCCCUUGGGGCGUCGUCGUCGAUGAACAUGGGCAUGGACGUGUACGGGUUCCGUGGAGGUCAGAGUCAAAGUCAGGGUGCAGUUCCCAGUCAAGGCGGUCUUCAGAACAACGUUGGUGUUGGCGCUGGAGGCUUCAUCCAUGUGCCACAGAUCUUCGACGACCAGCCGGUGCUGAAGCCGCUGGCGCUGCUGGUGCUGCUGAACAACUCGGACGGCAGCCCCGUGGACCCGCUUUUGGGCACGAAGACGAUUAGCCCGGUGACGGGAUCGCUCUUGCCGGGGCAAAACACCGCAGGCAGCAACCAUAGCGGCGGGAGCAUCAGCACUGGGAACGUUGUAGGCGGUGGCCUCUCGACAUUUGAUCCUUUUGAAAAAGACCACUUGAAGGACCCCUUGUGGCUGUUUAAUUCAUCUAAUAACUUUUUGGGCGGCAACUUUGCUCCGUCAAGUAACAUUUGGGGCGACAACAGUAAGACUGAUGCCGCUGUUUGGGGAUAG